AUGAAAACCAACAGGCCAAAGAAGAAGUGGAUGACAAACCUGCCUCAGCAUAUCCGAGUCAAUAAGUCUUUCCACACGUCAAAAAUCAACGCCGAUGAACGACGCAAUGUUGCUGGCCGCGUCGCGGAACGAGACGACGACGGCAACAUUGAGGAAAAAUGGGAAUUCGAGAAGAUCCUAGACGUACACGACGAGGAUCCCGAGCAUGGACUGACCUACCUGAUAAAAUGGAAGCACCACGACGAGCCAACCUGGCAGCCGGAGGAUGACCUGAAGGGAUGCGAGGGAGCCGUAAAACGCUUCCACGAACGAAACCCAGAAAAGCCUGGCCCCCCUGCUUGGGCAACAGACGCCCCCGCACGGCCACGCCGAAGUCGCCCCCGCACUGCGCCCUAA